AUGGUGGCAUUGUUCCUCUUGCUGCUGAUUCUACUGCCUCAUGCAAUAUGCAAGCCUUCCAUUGUUAAAUGCCAGGUCCAUGACCCUCACACUCCACUUCAUCAGUAUCAUCAGGAAGGAGACCUCAUCAUUGGUGGCAUAGCCUCUCACAGCAUCAUCGUCUCCAGUUCAAUAGCAUUCACUGAAAACCCCCCACCAACAUUGCUUGAAGAGAUAGAAGUGGUGACUAAGAAUUACCAGCACAUCCUGGCCUUGCAAUUUGCAGUGAAAGAGAUCAACGAAAACCCUCAGCUCUUACCCAAUGUCACUUUAGGUUUCCGCAUCUAUGACAGCUAUUUCAAUGCCAAAUGGACCUCUCAUGCCACAAUGUUACUCAUAUCCACACUGGAAACAUUUGUCCCCAACUACAUCUGUGACAUCAAGAAAAACUUGAUAGCCAUCAUUGGAGGACUCGACUCCCAAACUUCCCUUCAUGUGGCAACAAUCUUGGAUAUCCAUAAGGUUCCACAGAUGGUGCCCAAGGAAGACCACCAGUAUAAGGGGAUCCUGUCUUUGCUUCUGCAUUUCCGGUGGAUAUGGAUUGGAAUCCUUACUUUCUAUGAUGAGAAUGGAGAAAGAUUUGUGCAAACUGUGGUUCCACUAUUUUCCCAGAGUGGCAUUUGCUUUGCCUUUAUAGAACGAAGUCACAAAUCUACAUAUGUCACUGAAAUUAAGGAUAUGUUUAAACUGGGGGCAAAAAUAAAUGACAGAAUAAAUGAUAGCAAAGCCAAUGUAGUGUUGGUUUAUGGAGAAUCAUAUGCUCUGGCAUUUUUUAGAUGGUUGCCUUACCUAUCAGAACUGGAACAAAGUUCAAAUACGCCAAAAGGUAAAGUGUGGAUCAUGACAGCCCAGGUGGAGCUCACUUCUUUUGUCUAUCAACGGACUUGGGAUACAGAAAUACUCCAUGGGGUUCUCUCAUUCACAACCCACUCAAAUGAUCCACCAGGAUUUCGUCAAUUUGUCAAGAGCAAAACCCCUUCCAACCCAAAAGGAGAUGGCUUCAUUUUGGACUUCUGGCAACAGGCAUUUGGCUGUGUAUUUCCAAAUCGAGUGGUUGGCAGUGUGAAGGGGGAUAUUUGCACUGGGCACGAGAAGCUGGAGACUCUUCCUGGUCCUUUCUUUGAAAUGAGCAUGACCAGCCAGAGCUACAACAUCUACAAUGCUGUCUAUGCUGUGGCCCAUGCUUUACAUGCCAUGUCUACAUCCCGAGGCAAACACAGACCAGUAAUGAUCAGGGGAGGAAUGAAGUUUCACAAAAAACUGCUGUGGCAGCUCCAUCAUUUUUUGAGGGGUAUCUCAUUUAACAACAGCGCUGGGGAUAAGAUUUCCUUGGACCAGAAUGGGGAGAUAUUGGCUGGAUUUGAUAUUACCAAUUGGAUUCUUUCCUCCAACCAAUCCUUUCAGAGAGUGAAGGUAGGAGGGGUGGAUUCCCUGGCUCCUCCACAUCAAGCGUUGACCAUCAAUGAGGGAGCCAUAAAAUGGCACAAUUGGUUUAACCAGACACAGCCUAACUCUGUAUGUACUGAGAGCUGCCGCCCUGGUUUUUGCAGGAAAGUGAAGGAGGGGGAAGCAUUUUGCUGCUAUGAUUGCAUCCCAUGUCCAGAAGGGAAGAUUUCAGACGAGGAGGACAUGAAUGACUGCUAUGAAUGUGAAGAUGAAAAGUAUCCAAACAAACAUAAGACUAUAUGUAUUCCUAAGCAUACAACAUUCUUGUCCUUUGAAGAACCUCUGGGCCUCAGCUUAGCCUCUUCUGCUCUUUCCUUUGCUUUCAUUACAGCACUGGUACUGGAAAUAUUUGUGAAACACAGGGACACUCCCAUUGUGAAAGCCAACAACCGGGACCUUACCUACACUCUGCUCAUCUCCCUUUUGCUUUGCUUCCUUUCUGCAUUACUGUUCAUCGGAUAUCCGGACAAGGUGACAUGUCACCUCCGACAAACUGCUUUUGGCAUCAUCUUCUCAGUGGCUGUUUCUUGUGUGCUGGCAAAAACCAUCACUGUGGUUCUGGCUUUCAUGGCCACAAAACCAGGAUCCAGGAUGAGGAAGUGGGUGGGGAAGGGACUGGCGAACUCUAUUGUCCUUUCCUGCUCCCUUAUUCAAGCACUCAUCUGCACUGCAUGGCUGGUGAUAUCUCCUCCGUUCCCUAAUGCUGACAUGAAGUCAGUGGCUGAAGAAAUUGUACUGGAGUGCAAUGAGGGUACGGUGACCUUCUUUUACUGUGUCUUGGGCUACAUGGGCUUCCUAGCUUUGGUCAUUUUCACUGUGGCUUUCCUUGCCCGGAAAUUACCUGACAGUUUCAACGAAGCCAAGUUCAUCACUUUCAGCAUGCUGGUCUUUUGCAGUGUUUGGUUAUCCUUUGUUCCUACCUACAUGAGCGCAAAGGGGAAAUACAUGGUGGCUGUGGAGAUCUUCUCUAUCUUAGCCUCCAGUGCUGGGUUGUUGGGUUGCAUCUUUUCCCCAAAAUGUUACAUUAUUUUGCUGAGGCCGGAGCUGAACAGUAAGGAGCAACUAAUAAGAAGAAAAAAUUCUUAA